AUGGCGAGAGAUGGCGAAGUGGCCUACUCCAUCGAGGCAGGCGAUGAACUCGAUCCCACUUCGGCGGCGUCGGCCGGUCUUCUCGACGUCUCCCUCAACAUGUGGCCGCCGUCGCAGGAGUCGCGGGACGCCGUGAUCCAGCGCCUGGUCGAGACCCUUUCCUCCCCCUCCGUCCUCACCAAGUGCUACGGCGUCGUCUCCGUCGAGCAGGCUUCCUCCAUUGCUCUCAUCAUCGAGCAGGAGGCCUUCGCCGCCGCCAAUUGCGACGGCGUCUGUCCCUUCUCAGACUACGACUACGGGCUGGAGAUCCUCCAGAUCUACACCAGGGAGAUCGGGAAGCGCAUGAUCGAGUUCAGCAAGUCGAGUGCCCCGCCUGACUCACCUGCGCCCAUCGUCGUGGUCGCUGCCGACGAUUUUGUUUCGAUCAUGGUAGAUUCCGCCUCCACCACCGAUGGUGAUAGGGAGGUAUACUCGUCCACUGAAUCCGAGUCUUCUUGA